UUGCGGCGCUCAGGAGAGGCCCCGGCUCCGCCCCGGGCCUGCCCAGGGGAAGAGCGGAGCGGCCCGGAGCCGGGUCGGGUUGGGUCGGGGCCCCUCCAGGGAGGAGCGGCGGCGGCGGCGGCGGCGGCAGAAAUGAUGGAAGAAUUGCACAGCUUGGACCCAAGGCGGCAAGAACUGUUAGAGGCCAGGUUUACCGGAGUAGGUGUUAGUAAGGGUCCACUUAAUAGUGAGUCUUCCAACCAGAGUUUAUGCAGCGUGGGGUCUUUGAGUGACAAAGAAUUAGAGACCCCUGAGAAAAAACAAAAUGACCAGCGGAACCGGAAAAGGAAAGCAGAACCAUAUGAAACAAGCCAAGGGAAAGGCACUCCUAGGGGACAUAAAAUUAGUGAUUAUUUUGAGUUUGCUGGGGGAACCGGACCAGGGACCAGCCCUGGUAGAAGUGUUCCACCUGUUGCACGAUCCUCACCACAACAUUCCUUAUCUAAUCCCUUACCACGGCGAGUGGAGCAGCCGCUGUAUGGUCUAGAUGGCAGUGCUGCAAAGGAAGCACAGGAAGAACACUCGGCUCUGCCAACCCUGAUGUCGGUGAUGCUGGCAAAACCUCGGCUUGACACUGAGCAGCUGGCACAGCGGGGAGCCGGCCUCUGCUUCACUUUUGUCUCGGCUCAGCAAGGCAGCCCUUCUUCUACUGGAUCUGGCAACACAGAGCAUUCCUGCAGUUCCCAAAAACAGAUUUCCAUACAGCACAAACAGACGCAGUCUGACCUCACGAUAGAAAAAAUAUCCGCAUUAGAAAACAGUAAGAAUUCUGAUCUGGAGAAGAAGGAGGGGAGGAUAGACGAUUUAUUGAGAGCAAACUGUGAUUUAAGACGGCAAAUUGAUGAACAACAAAAGAUGCUAGAGAAAUACAAGGAACGGUUGAAUAGAUGUGUGACAAUGAGUAAGAAACUCCUUAUAGAAAAGUCAAAGCAAGAGAAGAUGGCAUGCAGGGAUAAAAGCAUGCAGGACCGUCUGAGACUAGGUCACUUCACUACUGUCCGACAUGGAGCCUCUUUCACUGAACAGUGGACAGAUGGUUAUGCUUUCCAGAAUCUUAUCAAGCAACAAGAAAGGAUAAACUCACAGAGGGAAGAGAUAGAGAGACAAAGAAAAAUGUUAGCAAAACGAAAACCUCCUGCAAUGGGACAGACACCGCCAGCAAAUAAUGAGCAAAAACAACGUAAAAGCAAGACCAAUGGAGCUGAAAAUGAAACGUUAACAUUAGCUGAAUACCAUGAACAAGAAGAAAUCUUCAAACUCAGACUAGGUCAUCUUAAAAAGGAAGAAGCUGAAAUCCAGGCAGAGCUGGAAAGGCUAGAGAGAGUUAGAAAUCUACAUAUCAGGGAAUUAAAAAGGAUACAUAAUGAAGAUAAUUCACAAUUUAAAGAUCAUCCAACGCUAAAUGACAGAUACUUGUUGUUACAUCUGUUGGGCAGAGGCGGUUUCAGUGAAGUUUACAAGGCAUUUGAUUUAACAGAACAGAGAUACGUAGCUGUGAAAAUUCACCAGUUAAAUAAAAACUGGAGAGAUGAAAAAAAGGAGAAUUACCACAAGCAUGCAUGUAGGGAAUACCGAAUUCACAAAGAACUGGAUCAUCCUCGGAUAGUUAAGCUAUAUGACUACUUUUCACUUGAUACUGACUCGUUUUGUACAGUAUUAGAGUACUGUGAGGGAAAUGAUCUGGACUUCUACCUUAAACAGCACAAGUUAAUGUCAGAAAAAGAGGCCCGAUCCAUUAUUAUGCAGAUUGUGAAUGCUUUAAAGUACUUAAAUGAAAUCAAACCUCCCAUCAUUCACUAUGAUCUCAAACCAGGUAAUAUUCUUCUAGUAAAUGGUACAGCAUGUGGAGAAAUAAAAAUCACAGAUUUUGGUCUUUCUAAGAUAAUGGAUGAUGAUAGUUACAAUUCAGUUGAUGGUAUGGAGCUAACGUCACAGGGUGCUGGUACUUAUUGGUAUUUGCCACCAGAGUGCUUUGUGGUUGGGAAGGAACCACCAAAGAUCUCCAAUAAAGUUGAUGUCUGGUCAGUGGGGGUGAUCUUCUACCAGUGUCUUUAUGGAAGGAAG